AUGCCCACGUUUUUACACUCUUACUACCCCCUCGGUGUCAACAUACCCGGAUACCUGCCAAAUGAAUCCUCUGUGUUCUCCCUUAUAGGUCAAUUUGCGUUGCUCUGGGCAGCUAUUGUCGGUAUCGCGUGGUUGAUUAUCUCUCGUUCCAGACCUGACGCUAGCAACGCCGACCAUCUAGCCUUUGUGUGGUUUUGCUUCACUGCAUCGAUCCACCUAUUUUUCGAAGGCUAUUUCGUGGUGAAUCAUGUAACGAUUGGGGGCAAAAGUCACUUGUUUGCCGAACUGUGGAAAGAGUAUUCGUUCUCGGAUUCGCGGUACCUUCGGUCUGAUGCAUUCCUCGUUUGCAUGGAGAGUAUAACAGCGAUCUGCUGGGGUCCGCUCGGGUUCUUCGUUGCCUACUGCAUUGCCGUACAACAUCCAGCGCGAUACAUCCUACAAACAGUUAUUUCCGUUGGUCAACUAUAUGGUGAUGUGCUAUACUAUGCCACCAGUCUGUUCGAUCUUCACCAUCGCGGUAUUGAGUUUUCGCGUCCGGAGAGUUAUUAUUUCUGGGUAUAUUACUUCUUCAUGAACUUCAUCUGGAUUGUUAUUCCUUCCUAUUAUCUGAAGGAGGCAGUGAGAGAAGCCACGAGGGUGUUUCAAAAGGUUGCGAAAUUGGAAGAGAUGAAGAAACUGCGGUGA